AUGCAACAACAACAACAGCAGCAACAGCAACAACAACAGCAAGGAAUGUUGAGGCAGCCACAGAUGGUCAGUCAGCAGGGUGGUCAGUGGCAACCGGCCCAACAGCAGUACUACCAGCAACAGCAGCAACAACCGCAAACAUCGCAGUCUGGUGCGCAGCAACAGCCGCGUGGUCCUGGUGGUCAGUAUGCGUCGAUGAGCUCUCAGGGUCAGAUGGGUGGCGCUCCUCCGAUGACUCAACCUCCGCAGCCUCAGUGGCAGCAGCAGUUCCAGAGGACUUCACAACCUGUUAGUCCGGCAAUGCAAUCACAGUUCAAUCAGGAAUCAGCAUAA